CGGACGCGGGGAUUCGCGGAGGAGCCGCGAAGAGAGGUCCAGGGGCGACCGGGCGCCGUUACUCGCGAGGAGCCCCAACAGCGAGCGGGUGCGCCGUCGGGCGUGUCGCAGACCCGAUUCUGGGGCCAGGAGCGCGCGGGAAACUACAGGUGGGGACGCCCCGAGCCGCCCUGCGGAGGCGCACGGCCAAGAGGCUGCCUUGACCCCUUUCUGCGCCCCGCUGCAAUGAGGACAGAUCGCAUUCGUGUCUCAAUGUUGGGUUGACUUCAGCACUUGGUUAUGGAUGGGCAAAAUGAAGUGGAUGUUUCUAACAAUAACGUCACACCAUUGUGGAGAAGGAGGACAGCACACCAAGUCAAUAUGCAUGCAAAAAGCAAACCAAGACCCCAGCCCUACCAGAACUCAAGUGGGGUUCUCUUCACGGAUUUCCCUGUGGAAGACAGGGAUAUGUUUACUUUAACUCAGUCUACUGAAAGAAUACUUACUUCUCAGGGCAACAAAACUGUUGAGAAGAGUUCUUUGCAUUUCAGCUGCAGCCUCAGUUCAGUGGCAAAUGGGAAGGUUCGAUUUCCAGAGAACAAAUCUCUCUCCCCUAGGCUUUCUGACAGGAUGUCCCAAGUCCUGCAAAUGGUUUCAAACAAUUCUAUAAAUCAUACAGCUAGUGGUUCUAUAAAUUCAACUGGUAGCAAACUGGUUCAUUCACCGAGGGUUGCUGAUCAGUCAUCGCUUAGCGAGAAGGAACAAACUGUUUCCACAUCGAGUCUUGGAUUUGCUCCCACAGAAAACGGGCGUUUACCAGACAACAGCACAAGCACUGCCUCAGUGUUUCAGCCAAGCCAGCCCCCUAAAACUCCAGAGAAGGCACCUGUUCACUUAUCUCCUUCUUCUGAACAGCAGCGUCUACCUCAUCAAAGUCUGCCAUUGAACGAGAAUGAGCUCUCAGAAGUCCAACCUGUGGUUUUGAGUACAAAUAGUCCUGCUGCGUUGAAAGUGGGAAAGCAACAGAUCAUCCCUAAGAGUUUGGCUUCUGGAAUAAAAGUAACCAACAAAUACAGUGGCCAAAAUGGGGAGCCAAACCGGAGGGCUCUUAAGGUUCGCAGCAUGGUGGAGAAUGUUAAUGCGCCUUUGGUAAAUGGUGGAGAAGCAGAAGGUGAUGUGGACAGCCCAGGGAUUCUGAGGCGUGGUUUGAGGUCCACUUCAUAUCGGCGAGCUGUUGUGAGUGGUGUUGAAUUUGAUAGUGCGGCCAACUUUAAGAAGAAAAACAGAAUGUCCCAGCCAGUGCUGAAAGUAGUGGUUGAAGACAAGGAAAAAUUUUCUAGUUUAGGAAGAAUAAAAAAGAAAAUGCUGAAAGGACAAGGGACGUUUGAUGGCGAAGAAAAUGCUGUGUUGUAUCAGAACUACAAAGAAAAAGCCCUAGAUAUAGAUUCCGAUGAAGAGGCAGAAUCAAAAGAACAGAAGUCAGAUGAAAAGAUAGUUAUUCACUACAAACCUCUGAGACCAACAUGGAGUCAGUUGUCUGUGGUGAAGAGGAAUAGUUUAUCUCAGACAAUCAGCCAAGAAGAAAGAAAAAGACAAGAGGCUAUAUUUGAAGUAAUAUCUUCAGAACAUUCAUACUUGCUCAGCCUGGAUAUUCUGAUCCAGAUGUUUAAAAACUCUAAAGAACUCAGUUCUACAAUGACCAAAACAGAAAGCCAUCACCUUUUUUCCAAUAUUGCUGACGUCUGUGAAGCGAGUAAGAAAUUCUUCAAAGAGCUUGAAGCCAGACAUCAGAAUAACAUCUUCAUAGAAGAUAUUAGCGACAUUGUGGAAAAGCAUACUUCAUCAACUUUUGAUCCUUAUAUAACAUAUUGCUCGAAUGAAGUCUAUCAACAGCGAACACUUCAGAAACUACUAGCUAUAAAUCCAGCCUUCAAGGAAGUUCUGUCACGGAUUGAGUCCCAAGAAGAAUGCAGGAAUUUGCCUAUGAUUUCUUUCCUAAUCCUCCCGAUGCAAAGGGUUACACGACUUCCACUGUUGAUGGAUACUAUUUGCCAAAAGACACCUAAAGAUUCACCAAAACAUGAAGUUAGCAAGCGGGCACUAAAAGAAGUAAGCAAGUUGGUUCGCCUCUGCAAUGAAGGUGCUCGGAAGAUGGAAAGGACAGAAAUGAUGUACACUAUUAAUUCCCAGCUGGAAUUCAAGAUCAAGCCUUUUCCAUUGGUAUCUUCUUCCCGGUGGCUAGUAAAACGGGGUGAAUUGACAGCAUAUGUGGAGGACACUGGGAUUUUCUCUAAAAGGACUUCCAAGCAACAGGUGUACUUUUUCCUCUUUAAUGAUGUCCUCAUUAUCACUAAGAAGAAAAGUGAAGAGAGCUAUAAUGUCACAGACUAUUCCUUAAGGGAUCAGCUGUUAGUUGAACAGUGUGACAGUGAAGAGCUGAAUUCCUCUCCUGCAAAAAACAGCACAACUAUGCUUUACUCCCGACAGACUUCGGCAAAUCACCUCUUUAGAUUAACUGUCCUAAGUAACCACGCAGGAGAGAAAAUUGAACUACUACUGGGAACUGAAACUCAAAAUGAGCGCGCUCGCUGGAUUACCGCACUUGGACAGUGUAGUGAUAGACAUGCCAUGGAUAGGACAACCCUGACACAGGUAGAGAUCAUCAGAUCGUAUACUGCCAAACAGUCAGAUGAACUCUCUCUCCAAGCUGCUGAUGUGGUUCUAGUCUACCAAAAAGUGAAUGAUGAUUGGUAUGAAGGAGAGCGAUUGCGUGACGGGGAGAGAGGCUGGUUUCCAGCAGAAUGUGCCAAGGAGAUCACAUGUCAAGCCACAAUUGACAAGAACGUGGAAAGGAUGGGACGUUUGUUGGGCCUUGAAACAAAUGUUUAGACCCUCAUGGCCUUACCUUUGCUCUAGGAUUUGCACUUCUUCACCUGUGUGGUUCCUUGGACUGCUUCAGGUGGCUACUUUAUAAGGUGUAGCACGUGAAAAAAGGUCACACGUACAAGCAAUUAUCUGGAGUGGAAGCAGCUCAGGGCGACUGCAUGCAAAUAGGAAUCAACCAACAUUCUCUGAAUCAAUAGGACGUUCCUUUGUUUUACAAAUGAACACUUAAUUAAAAACUACUUAGAUUUUAUAUAAAUUCCUGAUUGAGUGAUCACUCAAGCUGAUAGAGUGAUCACUCAAGUGGAUUAGCCAUUUUUAAUCUUAAUUGAGGUACAGCACCUUUGUUUUAGAAAGUAGAUUUAAGGUCCAUUCAUUUCAUUUGCUAUUUUACUUGGGUAUUAGACCCCUUUCAAUCCAGCAAGGCAGUUCCGUGUGAAAAAGUAGACUUCCAUGCACACCACUGAUGUGAGUCUGAGUUGAGUCAGAUGGUUGAAGCAUCUCUUGAUGUACAAUUGGAGUUGGUGUAUGGCCAAGAAAACAGGCCAUUGAGCAUUAGUUAUAAACCAGCCUCAUUAAAAUCAGUGAGACUGAAACGUACCGCUAACAGCCCCAAUCCAAGGGUAGGGGGACAGCUCUUUAGAGCCAGCUCGAUCUGGUGCCAAAGCAUAUGCCCACCCUGCUAGCACAUUUGGCAAAUGCCCUGGCAGGGUGGGCAACGUGGGAGGCAGGUGAGUGCUGCCAGCACAGUCCCCAGCCCAGAAGGGUAGCUGGCAUUUUGCCCUGCGUAGGUGUCCAAUCAAAAGGGUGGCAUGUGUCCAUUCAGCCCUAUGGAGGGCUUUCAGUCAGCCAGAGAGGUGCUGGCUGAAAGCCUUCUGGAGGUGGCAGGGCAGCAUUGUAGCCUCAUCUCUGGAUGGGGCAGCUUAUGUUUAACUUUAAUUUCAGUAGAACGUACAGGUAAUUUUCAUUGGAUUGGUCAUGGAGUUAGCGUAACCCUUACAUUUGCGACUCUUGCAUUUCCUCUCUAAUGUAUUUAUACUUUGCAGAAUGUUUAUUGGUAGCUUUCCACUACCUGCUUCAGUCACUUUCCCCUUAAACCUGCCAUUGCCAAAGCAGGAUAGCUGUGUCCUUUUUUCAAAUAAUAGAGAACAGCAGCAGAGGUAAAACAAAACAGGUGGCCUAAAUUGACAAUGCUUAACCAGCCAGUCAGCAGUAGACACAGUGUUCAGAACCAGCAACAACCACCAGCUGUUAGUUUUUUAAUUAUGCUCAGCACCAUUCAGGGCUAAGAAACGGAUUGCUAGAUCCUAGCUUCAGAGACGGUAUCCUUCAUUACCUCACCACAAAGCAGAUUUGUUCAACACUUCAGGGUCUAAAUUGGCUAGAUAAAAAACCUUGGAGUUAAUGCUGUUCUGUUUCCUCUUCCUGAUGUAGCAUUUAGUUGAACAGGUUGCUAUGAUGUGAUCACAUGGUGCUUCGGCCACUCCCACCUGGCAUCAUUGGCUGAUACAAGGUAGCAAAGAGAGUAUACUGCAGGUUGCAGAUCCCUGGUUUAGUAGAAGAGGGGAGAAAGUGAUUUACUGCUUUGGAUCCUUGUGGGGAAAAGCAGGGAAAUCUUUCUGAAAAUCUCAUUAACAUGUUUAUAUUUACUAGACCAGGGGCAGGGGCGGAACUGCCACGGCCUCCAUGCCCUUGCCAUACCCCCGCAGGGGCAUGUGCCCGGUGCAUUGUGCACACACACACCCGGCCCCCUUGGUGCUAUGCCACUGACCAGGGAUGUCCUACCCUGGUGCUUCAGAUGUUUGUGGACUACAAUUCCCAUCAGCCCCUGCUGGCUAUUGGUCAUCCCAGCAAGGGCUGAUGGGAAUUGUAGUCCCUGAAUAUCUGAAGCGCCAGAGUUGGACACCCCUGCACCAAACAAUAGGAAGAACAUAGAUGACAUGUGAAACAGCAGCUGCUCUGUGUUGUCCAUAACAUGUUGUUAAACCUUCAGUCUUAUAGUGUGUGAACAAACUGCCGUCAACUCGCAGGUGACUAUUCCUUGGUAGUCUCCCACCCAAAUCAUACCAGCCUUGACCUUGCUUAGCUUCUGACAAGCUCAGACUAGCCUGGCCCAUCCAGGUUAGUUUUACAACAAGAACUUAAAAACUAUCCAUUUUAGAUCAGUAUGUAAGAUCUCCCAGGGAGCAAAACAGACGUGGAAAAAAUUCUGACUUCAUAUCUAUAUCCUUGAAAAUUUUGCCAGAAUUUCCCCCCUCAACCUAAAAUAAAAAUAAAAAUGGAAAAAUUAUAAGAUUGUUGUACAUGGGAG